GUGCUGCGAUGUAUAUAAAAAAUAAUGAAAGUUUGGAGCGAUGGGUAGAUGACUUGUUGAAAGAAUUUGAUAAUGUUAUGUCUGUAAACUUAAAUACCGACCUUUGCCAGGAUAAUAGUCGAAGAGUUAAGGAGUUAAUUAAACGGAUUGAUGACAGACUUAAUCAAACUAUAACAGACGACUUCGAAGGUCUUCGGGAGGAAUUUUCAAAAGACUCUGAUAUAAUAGACGAAACGUUAUGUGAGAAUGGUAAUGCCGACGAAACAAUUUCUGUUAAUCAUUCAACCGAUACUACAAAAGUGCAACAGUCUGCACCGAAUUUACCAUCAAACAUAGCAAAAAAACAACCGGCAAGAUUACGUGUGUCAAGGUUUAUACAAAAAAUCAUUGCCAAAAAGUCUUCCAUAAUAGAAAAAGACAUUCCGCAAGAUGGCUGUAAUUAUUGCCUGAGCAGCCAAGAAACACGAACAUCCACUCAUGAUCAAAUGGAUUCUGUCAAGAGUAGGAUAGAAAAUGCACGGAGGCAGAAUUCACAUAUUGUUGGCACGAUUGCGAAACGAAAUAAGUUUGAAAGACUUUUGAAUGGUCGAUAUCUUAUUGAUAAAAAAGAUACCAUUGGUGAAGGGCAUCAUGGAAAGCCCAAUUUAGUACCACUUUUAGAUUUAGUAGAAACCAAACAAAAAGUAUAUUAUAUAAUGCCUCUUGCAAGUAAAGACCUAAGCGAUUUGAUUUAUCGUCGUAGGAUAAGCGAACAUAGUAUUCGCGAACUGAUGAAGCCUAUAUUUGAAGCUGUUAAAGGUCGAUAUCCUUUUGAAGAAAAUCAGCCAAUAUCUGAACAAGCUGUAUCCAAUAUAGAAUUUCCGGAACGUAGAUUCAAACAUUAUUCAUCUGAAGCUAUCGAUUUAAUACGAAAAUUAUUGAUUUUUGAUCCGUUGAGACGAAUCUCUAUUGACGAGGCCUUACAGCAUCCGUUUUUUACAAACGGAUGA